GCGGCGAGGUCAGUUUUGGGUCCGUGGGCUUCGCGGCGGCGUCCCGAAGGCCUUUAGCUCCAUGGGCCGAAGCGCAGAGGCCGAGGCUGAAGGAUGCCAUUGGGAGAUACAGGGCGGGAAAGGCGUGUUGGUGAGAGGCCGGCAUGGAGCCGGCUCCUGCAGAAGGGGAGGCCGAGAGGAGAGCCGGGAGGAAGCCCGGGGCGAGUCCCGCGUCCACUGUGGGUUCAGUCCGCGGGGUAAAGGCAGCUGUUGUGUGACCGUGUGUGGCAGCGAGUAUAGGCAGCGUCCUCUGCAGACCUCGCAGGCCGGUCCCCGCAUCCGGCACUAUCCUAGGUCCUGAGCUCACGGCGAUUCUAGGGGCGAAGAUAAACAGGAAACACAUUAACCAUAAAAUAAUGUCAGACAGUAAGUGAUGUGAAGCGUAUAAAACAAGGGGAAGAGAGGCUUAUGGCAUGCUGAAGGGGUUUCAGGAGGAGGAGGAGCAGAGUCUGGAUUGUAAUAAGGUCUCCCAGGCGGCUGCCGAGCUUCAGCAGUACUGCAUGCAGAAUGCCUGCAAGGAUGCCCUGCUGGUCGGAGUUCCAGCGGGCAGCAACCCCUUCCGGGAGCCCAGGUCCUGUGCUUUACUCUGAAGACUGGAAAGAAGUUCGCUAAGGAAGCCUUCAGGCACAAAGUGAUGAAUGACUGCCUCCAAGUGUCACGAAAACAUUUUUCUCUAACGAAACGACUUACAUAUUCAGACCUUCCCUGCGGCCUGGUCCUAUAGCCAAAAUUCUACAGAAAUUGAUGAGUUUCAACUCAAAUUAGGAAACUGGGUGAAGGAGGAGACUUUUAAAUAAUAAUGGCCUGGUUUGUUUGGUGAAGUGCUUUAUACUUAAGACAAAAACCCUACCACCAAAUAUACAAAAAUGCACCUCUUUCAUAAGUGAAUUAUUGGUGUUUCUAGACCUGAAAUAUUAUGUAUGUUUUAUUUACUGAUGUUUACAUUUUGGGAAGGAAAACAUUUUUAUUAAAAAAUUUAAUACUUGUAAUUUGUUGUUCCUAAGAUUUUAACACCAUAACAAAAUGUGUCCUUUUCUCAUGAAUUUAUAAUUUCAAAAUGAAGGCAAGACAGUGUAAAAGUGGGGGAAAGAACAGACUUUAUUAAUCAAGUGAUGUCUUGAUUUUUGUGAGAAGAUUGUUUUAUUUUAACACUAAAUAUGGAAGCUGUUUCUUAGCAAACUUGUUUGGAAAGAUUAAUGUGUUGUGUAUUAGAUCUCCCCAUUUUGUGUAUGCCACAGAUCUGAUCUUUGUCUUCUUAAGUUCCUCUACUUCAUAGUUGUGGUUAUACUGUAAAAAAACACUACAUUAUCUCAUAGCUUUCAAAUGUUUAAAAUGUGACUUACAGAACACUGCAAAUGAUUAAAAGCAAAGCAAUGUGAAAAUCUUACAAGCUAAAUGGAUUCUUAAUGUCAUAAGUGUUUUACUUUGAUGAUGUGCCUUUGAUUUGAGACACUAAAAUGGAGACUUUAUUUGUGUUUGUAAUAAUUUUUGAAGAGCUUAGAAAUAAAGUUUCUGCUUAACUCAUUAUUUUCUAUGACAGCAA